AUGGACUGUUUGCGUGCGCCAGCGCCAUUUCUAGUGGCGCCAGGACGGCCGACCACGCCCUGGUCCCAGUGGCUUGGCGAGUUCAGGAUUUUCGCCGUGGCGAGUGGUUGGGACGAGUGGACUGUUCAGCGACGAGAGGCCCUCCUAUUACACUGUGUGGGACAGGAGGCGCGGCGUCUCUAUUUCGCGGCGGCGAAACCGGCGCAGGGCGUGGCACCGGGAGCGCAGGAGGCGGCGAUUCCGGCGCAGGAGGAAGAUGGCGUCAAGGAGGAAGGACAACCGACUGCAGCAGUCGACCCGGUGGCUGCGAUCUCUGCAGUGUUUCAGCGGCUGUUUCCGGAGACACGAGCGACUCAUUCCGAGAGAAUGCUGUUCCGGCGGUGUUACCAGCUGGACAGGUCUCCAGCGGUGUACCUCACUGAGCUGCAGGACCUGAGUUCCAGGUGCGCCUUCGGCGAUCUCCAGGAGCAGCUGACCUGUGAGCAGUUCAUCGAGGGCUGCAGGGACGACAGGUUGAGGGAGCGGCUGUGUCGGGAGCCAGCUCUGACUGUGUUGCGCAUCCUCGAGGUGGCUGAGGAGCUGGAGGUGGCUGCUGAGCGACAGCGGCUGGUGGGUGGAGGUGGAGCUACACGUGCAUCAACCUCUUCCCCGGCUCAGCUGGAGAUAGCUGCAGUGACUACUGCUCCUAGGAAGGGGGUCUCGCCGUGCUGCAACUGUGGCGGUCCACACCGGACUGCUGAUCCCUGCUGUCCAGCUCGUUGGAGAAGAUGCCACAACUGCCAGCAGAAGGGCCACUACGCCAGAUUCUGCAAGGAACCACCUAAGAAGACGAAGCAGACCAAGAGGAAGCCAGUAAGGACCGUUGAAGUGCUGGCCGUGACGGAUGACGACCGGAAGAACCUGUGGACCGAGCUGCGGGUGGACCAGCAGCCACUGCGGAUGCUGGCUGACACUGGCUCGGCCGUGAGCAUCCUGCCGUUGUCCGUCUACAGGAAGCAGUUCCGCCAUCUGCCCCUCCUGCCCACUGCAGUGCGCCUGGAGGCCUACGGAGGGUCAUCGCUGCUAGUGCAGGGGGUGGUGCAGGUGACGGUGCAGGCGGAGAACGGCAACAGCUCCCAAGUUUCACUGUAUGUGGUAGACGCUGGCGUGCCCCUGCUGGGCAGGGAUCUGCAGGAGAAGCUGAAGUUGUCCGUGAUUCACGGGGCGACUGUGUGUGCUAUCCAGGAGCAGAUGCCAGAGGAGCUGCCGAGUCUCACUGGGUUCGUGCACAGGGUGAAACUGAAGACCGAGGUCAACCCAGUACAGCAGCGGCUGAGACCUCUACCGUACGCCGUGAGGGAAGAGGUGCGGGAUCAUCUGUUGAAGUUGCAACAGGCUGGAGUCAUCGAACCAGUCGACGCAUCCCCAUGGAUCUCACCCAUAGUGGUGUCCAGACGGCGGAACGGGAAACUGAGGCUGUGUGUGGAUCUUCGAGAGGUCAACAAGGCGGUGGAAGCCAGCGGACAUCCACUCCCCGACAUGCAGGACAUGUUGGAGCAGCUUCAGGGUGCAACCAUCUUCAGCAGCCUUGACAUGAAGUCAGCAUACCAUCAGCUGGAUCUACAUCCGGAUUCAAGGUCGCUGACGACGUUCAUCACCCAUCAGGGACUGAUGAGGUACAGGAGGUGUCCCUAUGGGCUGAAGAGUCUGCCACAGGCGUUCCAGAAGGUGAUGGAAGCCAUCCUACGUGGUCUGGAAGGAGUGCAGGUGUACCUAGAUGACGUCAUCAUCUACGCUGCGACCUCCAACCAGCACGAGAGGCGACUGACGGCUGUGCUGAAGAGGCUCAGGGAGCACCAGAUCACGCUCAACAUCGAGAAGUGCAAGCUGAGGAGAGAGCAAGUGGAGUUUCUGGGGUUCAUCAUCUCCAAGCAGGGGGUGGCAGUGAACCCAGACCGCAUCAAGGCUCUCCGAGAACUGCGAGCACCUGCUAGCCUGAAGGACCUGCAGGCCAUGCUUGGCCUGUUCGGCUUCUACAGCCGAUUCGUGCCGGCGUACAGCACCCUAGUGGAGCCACUGCGGUGCCUGCUGAGGAAGGGGGCGCCACCCUUCCAGUGGACUGGCGAACUUCAGGCGGUGAUGGACGGCGUCCGGCAGCGGAUCCUGGAAAGCAGAGCGCUGGCCAUGUACGACCCGACGCUGCCGACCCGGGUCACCACAGACGCCAGUGACGUGGGACUGGGGGCCGUGCUCUCUCAGGCUCACCCUGAGGGAGAGAGAGUGGUGAGUUUUGCGUCAUGCAGUCUCACCCCGGCUCAAAGAAGAUACAAUGUCACGGAGAGAGAGGCCCUGGCAUGUGUGUGGGCCGUGGAAAAGUGGCGGAAGUAUCUCUGGGGUAGGCCGUUUUGCCUACGAGUCGAUCACGCGGCUCUCCAAACGCUGAUGACGUCACCGGGGGUGGGCCGAGCCGGCCUACGGGUGGCACGGUGGGCGUCACGUCUCAUGGCAUACGACUUCACCGUGGAGCAUGUCAGAGGCGGUGACAACCCAGCUGAUGGCCUCUCACGACUGCCAGGCGCAGAGGAAGGCGAACUGGAUGAUGAUGUCGUGGCGGUGGCGGCAGUGACUGCCCAGCUCGGAGCAGUGCGGCGGGACGAGCUGCUGGAGGCGACACAGACUGACCCAGUGCUGUGCCCGCUGGUGCAGCAGAUCCCACGGCGGUGGCCGCGACGGCGCCGCGACUGCCCGGCAGAGCUACAGCCCUUCUACAACUGCCGAGAGGAGCUCAGCCUAGUGGGAGACCUGGUCGUCCGCGGUCAGCGGGUGAUCGUGCCGGCGGCGCUGCGGACGAGGAUGGUGUCCUUGGCCCACGAAGGACAUCAAGGGAUCGUCCGAACUAAGCAGCGGGCUCGUGACAUCUACUGGUGGCCCAAGAUGGACACGGACAUAGAAGAGGCGGUGAGAAACUGCGACGUGUGUGCUGACGUGGACAAGUCGGCUCGGACUCGCAGUGCGCCGCUAAACCCUGUGCCGCUGCCAGGAGCGGCAUGGGAGAAGGUGGGCGUGGAUUUUAUCGGUCCAAUGGAAGCGCGCCGCCAGCACCGAUACGCGGUAGUGCUGGUAGACUACUUUUCCAAAUGGAUAGAAGUCGGCUUCUGCACAGAACCCAGCACGGAGGCGGUGGUGCAGUUUCUCGAGACGCUAGCAUCUCGAGAAGGUUACCCGAAGGAGCUGGUGUCCGACAACGGGACACACUUCACCUCAGCAGCGUUCGCAGACUACCUGAGGAGUGUCGGCACGCGCCACAUCCGGGUCACGCCGUACCACCCUGCCGGGUCAGGUGCGGUGGAGCGUGCGAAUCGCACAGUGAAAAGUGCUCUCCAGGCGGCGGACCGGAGCGGCGAAGAUCGAGCGUGUUAUCUGCAGAAGUUUCUGCAGACGUACAGGAGCACGCCUCACGCCACGACGGGGCUGAGUCCAGCCGAGCUUCUGCACGGACGGAAGCUGAGGACACGUCUGCACGCGGCGGCUCUUCCCACGGAAGAACCGCAAGAUCGUGAGCUGCGAGACAGAGUGCAGAAGAGGCAGAAGAAGCAGAAGAGGUACGCUGACGAGCGGCGUGCAGCUGAGACACCACGGUUCCAGGUUGGCGACUGGGUCCGGUGCCGGCUGGUGCCGCGUCCCAAGAAGGGACGGCCACGGUACUCCGAGCCGAGACGGGUGGAGUCUCGCCUGGGACCAGUCAGCUACAGGCUAGAUGACGGCUCCCGGAUCCACGCAGAGCGGCUGACGACAGCUCGGGCGCCGCAGCAGUCUCAGGCUGAGCUGCACGUGGAUCAGAGCGGCCAGCCGGGGGCUGGUCAGCGGAGUGCGGUGUCUCCGACGUCUGUGCCUCGCCGCGGGGAGCGGCUGGAGGCCGACGACUGGCGGCACGCGGAGGACGGCGUGCCACUGGAGGACGGACAGGCUGUGUCACUGGGGGUCGGCCGGCGGCACACCGAGGCCAGCCGGGGUCCCGCGGAGGACGGCGUGGCUGUGUCACCGGAAGACGCAGAGGACGAUCGGGAGCGGGAGGCGUCACCACCUCCGGCGACGGAGCGUCAGGCAGAGCAACAAGACGCUUGCGUACUGCUGUCGCCGCGCGAGGCAGCGAGCGGUGCCGGGCUGGUGGCGGUCGAACCUGCUCUCCAGCCGGGCGCGAGAGUGAACUCCGGGACGCAGCCGGUUGUGGGGGUGGCGCUGAGGGCGAGUGACGUGUCCGUAGGCCGGCCGGCGGGGCAGUCGGUUGGCGACGGUGGUCACGGAUGGUGA